CACACCUAUGCGUCUGAUUAUGAAAAUGAAACCCAUGAAUUUGUGUCUGAGGAGAGUGAUUCUGAUUUUGAACCACGAUUGAGAAAAAAAAGACUCGUGUAUGAUCCGAAGUGUGACCAUAGAAAACUUGAAAUUGUCAUAGGAAUGCACUUUCAGGAUGGUUUUCAGUGUAGAGAGGCUUUAACCACUUGGGCAAUUGAAAAUGGUAGGUACAUUCGGUUUAGGGUUGUUUCUAAGAAGAAACUUUUAGCAAAGUGUACUCCUCCUUGCCCUUGGAAAGUGUUUGCAAGUGCUCUGCAGGGUAAUGGUAACUUCUUUAUAAAAAGUUAUGCGGGUGACCAUAACUGUACUAAGGCAAUGAGUAAUAAAUUGUUAAGCUCACAGUGGGUUGCAAAACGUUACCUCAAUGUCUAUAGAGUUAGGUACAAUUUAGGGGUGAAAGAUCUUGGGGCAGAUAUUCUAGAAGGGUUGAUGGUGAGGGGCACUAUGAGCUUCUUCUUGAAGCAGAUAGUGUAUUCAAAGCACUAUAUAUGGGUUUGAGUGCCUUGAGAAAAGGAUUCAAGAAGAGUUGCCGGCCUGUCAUAGGCAUAGAUGGAUGUUUUUUGAAAACAUACCUCGGCAGUCAUCUCCUUUGUGCAACAGGCAAGGAUGGAAACAAUGGUAUGUUUCCAAUUGCCUGGGCCGUAGUUGAGGCUGAGAAUGAAGUUUGCUGGACUUGGUUUUUGAAGUGUCUUCUUGAGGAUUUAGAUAUUGGAGAUGGCAGUGGGUGGACCUUCAUUAGUGAUCAACAGAAGGGAUUGGCAAACGCCGUUGCUGCUUUGGCUCUAAAAGCUGAGCACAGGAACUGCGCCCGACAUGUAUACAUGAAUUGGAAGAAGGAACACAAGGGCCAGACACUGAAGAAUCUGUUCUUCAGGGCUGUGUAUGCAACGCAUGAAGCGGAGUUCAAAGUAGCAGUUCUUGAGUUGAAGCAAGAGAGUGCCACGGCGCAUGAAGAUUUCAUAUCAAGGGACAUCAAGAAAUUCUGUAAGGCAUUCAUAUCCAGUCAACCUAAAAGUGAUAGUUUCGAUAACAACAUAAGUGAAUGUUUCAAUGGGUACAUAUUAAAUGCUAGGGGGAAGCAUGUAAUUCAUAUGUUAGAGAAAAUCCGUUCAUCUUUGAUGGUUAGACAGGUUCAAAAAUUCAAAGCCAUGUCAUCUGUUACCAAUAAACUUACUCCGAAUGUGUCAAAACUAUUGGAGAGAAAUGUGAUGGCUAGUGCAUACUGCAUGGCACUUCCAGCCAUGCAUGAUACUUUCCAAGUCCAUUAUGAACGUGACACCUUUGUUGUGCAUAUACAUGGACCGUCAUCCCGCUGA